AUGGACUUGACCGCCACCAUCAGUGACGCUGACUACCGCAUGUUCUCCCGGGCUGGCUUCUGGUAUUCCAUUGUGACGGCCGCUUGGGCACUGUUGUUUCUGAAGCUGUAUAUCCGUCUCAUCUUAUUGAAAUUGGCCUCUUACCAGUGGUACAAGUGGCCAUGUCAUAAAUAUUGGAAGUUGUAUAUCUGGCAAUUUCACUUUCAUCAUUCUUUGGAAUCCCAUUGGGACAAAAGGUCAGAUGCCAAGUGUGCUUCUAUGGCCAGUUUGGUAGUCAGUGGGCUAGUCAGGACCGCGCUCGCCAUCUUCGCAGAAGUUCUGCUGGAAAUCCAUCCUGUGCCGGUAACCUGGCGACUCCAGAUGAGUCGCCGCACACGGCUGUCUGUUAUAGUUAAGGCAAUAUCCCAGCUUGUCUUUAGAAAAGGACAAGACAUUUCUUCAAGUCCAAGUGGGUAUGAUCGCUGCCUGCGCUCCAGCCAUGAAGUCAUUCGUCGUUCGGGUACCCACCUUUCCACAACGAAUAAGUAUAGUGAUGAACACCGAAAACUACCGAAGCUGACGGACACGAGGGCAAUGAUUAUUAAUGAUGCUGUUGCUAGGAACGAGUUUGAGCCUCACAAUAGACUUGCCCUAAGACAAACCAACAGCAACAAGGGAUUGAAGACCAAAUUUUCCACCUCGUCAUUUUAA